AAACGUGACGUCACGCGAGGAAUCUACUCCCAAACCUCCGCUGGAAGGAAACAGAUUUAAUCGGCUGUGUUUGCUCAUAUAUGCUCGUUUUAAGCGCUGAUUGUUGAAACCGAAGAAUUAGUUUAAUGCUAAAUAAGGACGUUGCAGUGUAACCACUUUGUUUGCAAUAAAGUGAGUUUUUGUAAACAGCCUUUAAGACUGAGGUUUGUGAUACAUCUUCCUAAAAGGUGGACCACUGUCAACUGUCACAAUGGCAGAAAACAAUUUCCCACCCCUGCCUCGCUUCAUCCCCUUGAAGCCAUGCUUUUAUCAAGACUUCAAUGAGAUCCCAGAUGUACACCGCACCAUGUGCAAGAGGCUCUAUUAUCUAUGGAUAUUGAACAGUGCAACUUUGGCUGUUAAUCUGAUUGGCUGCCUGGCAUGGAUGUGUGGCGGGGGUGGAGCCACUAACUUUGGUAUGGCCAUUCUAUGGCUCAUCCUCUUUACCCCCUGCUCCUAUGUAUGCUGGUUCAGACCCAUCUACAAGGCCCUCAAGACCGACAGCUCCUUCAACUUCAUGGCAUUCUUCUUCGUCUUCAUGGCCCAGGUUGUAAUCAGUAUCAUCCAAACUGUGGGAAUCCCUGGCUGGGGAGUGUGUGGCUGGCUGGCUACCAUCACCUUCUUCAGCACAAACGUUGGCUCGGCUGUGGUCAUGCUGAUCCCCACCAUCAUGUUCACUGCUGUGGCAGUGCUGUCCUUCAUUGCCCUCACUAAGGUCCACAACUUCUAUCGUGGAAGUGGAGGUAGCAUGAGCCAAGCCAAGGAUGAGUGGGCUUCUGGGGCUUGGAAGAACCCGCAUGUCCAGGCAGCUGCUCAACAGGCAGUCGUGGGGGCCGCUCAGGGAGCAGCGCAACAGCAACAGUACUCAGCAGCACCCACCUACAACUAUGACGAACCGAUGUAGGGCACUGAGGAGAUGGAGAAGUGAGUACAAGGAGGGGAGAGACAAAAAGGGAUGAUCAUGAGAACAGAGAUUUAGGUGCCCUAUAUAUAUGAAUUGGGUUUUAAUUAGAACAGAUCAUGAAAGACACGGUUUUUUGUUCUGCAAUGAUACGAGUGAUAAGGCUUUAGACAACACGACUUACCCCUUUUCUUAAAACAAUUAGGACAAUAUAUUGCCAUGUCUCAUUUUCAAUACAUGUUAAAGUAACUUUAAUUGCCAUCACGUUGAUUAAUAUAAAUCUGAUGAAUAAUCUCCCUGUAGAUGCCACUAAUUACAAAAAUGGGUCUGAUUUUGAAAGUUAAUCUUUAUUUGUCUUAAGCUCUUAAAUGAGGUAAGAUUGUAAUACUUUAUGUAUAUUUGAGAACCACUUAAUACUGUUGCAUUACUGUACUAUAAGAAACUUAUACAAACAGUUAUACAAGUUACCAUCAGA